CCAAAAGAUACAAGCACCAACUGCAGCUGGCAAACAAAUUUUAGAGUUUGUAUUAACAAUAAAAUACAAAAUUAACAAUGUUUUGUUGUUUACGCACGUGCCUUAAUGGCGCACAGCUGCGCAAGCCAAACAUAAAUGGAAAUCGCUACAGAGAGCCCGAAGUGCAUUUGGAUGCGGCGCAUAUGGGUCCGGAUGUUAUAUUGCUGUCGCAUCAGCUGCGUGUUACAGGCUCCGGUGGCGUGCUGGCUACAGCGCCUUUGGUGCAGUCCAAGUCUUACUUUGAGGUGAAGAUACAACAAAGCGGCAUUUGGUCUAUAGGGCUGGCCACACGCCAAGCGGAUUUAACACGCAAAUGGGGUGGCGGUGAGCGUGAGUCCUGGUGCCUGUGCUCCGACAAUGCUACACGCCACAACGAUGAGGAGUAUCGUCCAGUGGUGGCCAAUUGCCAGCAGCCUACAAAGUCCAAUGCAGUUACAACCACUGCCAAUGGCAUUUUGAACAACAGCGCAGCAGCCGCAGCGGGCCUUAUAGCCAUAGAAGAUUUGCAGGAGGAUUUGCUAAUGACUACAGGUGUGGACAGCAAUCUAAGCGAGCUAAAUGCUGUGCCAGGUCUUAUUUCCACACCACAGCGUGACUUUCCCGAUGAGGGCGACAUCGUUGGCGUUGCUUUUGAUCAUAUAGAGCUAAAUUUCUAUUUCAAUGGCAAGCAUCUGGAGGUGCCAUUUCGCAAUGUGCGUGCUCCAGCGCUGUUUCCCGUUAUCUAUGUUGGCAAUGGCGCCAUUUUGGACAUUAUACUGGACAACUUUACGCAUGGUCCACCCUCAGGCUUCGAGCGCAUUUUGCUGGAGCAGUCCUUACUUUAAAUUAUGCAGCCUUCAAAGUGUAUAAAGCAUUCUAGUCCUGCAUACAAACAAAUUCAACUCCAUAUAUUAAGUUCUCUUUGCCAGUUUAGCACAGCCAAAAGUUAACGCCUUUGUAAAUUGUAAAUUGAACGUAGCUAGAUCUCGCGAUUGCUUUGUAUUAUACACAUACUUAUUUAUAUAUUCAAAUUAUAUACUACAUUCCAACACGUUAUUGGACCACUUUACCAGCACGAGCACGGCAAGACCUUACUAACUAUACCUAUAAGCCACAUAUACUGUAUCUAUAUCUAUAUGUAUAUUUAACUAUAACUAAAUCGCUUUUGACAACCGACUUAUCCGCGCGCGGACAAUAAUGAAUGUUAUAUGUAUGUUGUUCUUGUAUUGUGCGUAACUUAUUUAAAUUAUAUGUAAACAAAGACAUUAUUAAUAAACCAGGAGUCGCAAUCAUUAUAAA